AGAUGGGGUCGUCAAGGAAUGAGGUGAGGUGGGAGGUAACGUGACAAGGCUCUGCCCCCGACUUCACGUCACCAGCCCCGCGCAAUUUCAACACCAUCUUGCCACCUUCGCCAACCCACGACACUUCCUCAUAUCGCCUGAGUCACUGUUGCAUCGCGCGCUCACUACCUUGCAGCAGUAUGCAUGAGCGAUAGCAUUCCCUUUCCCAGCUGGCGCUCGAGGAGCCAGCGCGGAGAUGGACGCGGAUGGGGAGGACGGGUUUGAGAAUGAGGAGCAGUUCUGGCUGGCUCUCGACGAGAUCUCCGAGGCGCCCUACGAGAGCCACGAGCACAUCGACAACGCCCUGCGAUCCUUCCUAGCCCUUACCACCCUCUACAAACAGACGUACCUGCAGUCGGAGAAUGACAUAGCAAGAUGCUGUUACAAGCUGCUCGACUCGGAGCUGUAUCAGGCGAAUCAGACGUAUGCGCGGCGCCAGAUUCUCUACUGCCUGCUUCAGGACGACGACAUCCCCGUCCUCCACAUCACCGCCGCGAUGCUGCUCUUCGAUGGCCGCAUGAAUGAAUCCGCAUUCGAGAUGCUCCGCAGCGAAGGCGUGUUUCCGCGAUUGAUACAACUCAUCCGAGGUGGAGGAGAGGACAAUGACGACAUGCGGCGACUGCUACUCGAGCUCCUCUUUGAGCUGUGCCGAACGCAGAAGCUCAGUCGAGAAGAGCUGAUCACCGCCGACGACGACUUUGUUUUGUACUUGUUGCAACUGAUCGAAGACUACUCGGACGAUGUCGAUGAUCCCUAUCACUAUCCCAUCAUUCGAGUUUUGCUUGUUUUGAACGAACAAUACAUGUGCCUAGCGAGCAUGCCUCCUUCGGCAGAUGAAGACGGCGCCAUACCAAACCGGAUUGUCACCAUGCUCUCAGCAUAUGGUUCUUCAUAUCGCACGUUUGGCGAAAACAUCAUCCUUCUGUUGAACCGCGAGUCAACAUUGAGUGCCCAGCUUCUCAUCUUGAAGCUCCUGUACCUGCUCUUCACCAGCCCAUCGACAUACGAAUAUUUCUACACCAACGACCUGCAUGUUUUAGUGGACGUGAUCAUUCGGAAACUGCUGGACUUGGAUCCCGGCAGCGAGGAGAAUGCAUUGGAGACGGAUGGGGUGGAGAGGGAUGGGCAGCGGGCGCUUCGACACACAUACCUGCGUGUGCUGUGUCCACUGUUGAGGAAUACGCAAUUGGCCAAAGAAGGGGGCCACUACAAGAAGGAGGAGGUACGAAGACUGCUGUAUCUCCUCGUCAACAAGGCAUCGCAGCACUUUGCCCCGGUAGACGAGACCGUGCUGAAACUGGUCGUGCGCUGCAAGCGAAUCGAUUGGAUCCGAGAAGAAGGCGACGAGGAAGACCCCGAGUACACAGACACCACGCCCAUAUCCGCCAGCACCGUCGCAACGCAGCACCUCGGAAUGUCGUUGGUCGAAGCCGGCGUCAGCAAUCUCAGCGUCGCCGACGUCUCGGCAAAGGUGGCGAAGGAGAAGCCUGCGGUGCCUGCACCUCGCCGCUUUGGGAGGAAGAAGCGGCCGGACAAUGCUGCGGAUGCACAGACGGACAGCACGAACGCGAAGAAGCAGCUUCAGGUGCCACUGCUCGUCAUUCCGUCGGUCGAUGUUCAGGAUCGAGACGGCGGACGGAGCCCAUUCUCGGAUGACAACAGAGAGGUAGAUUGAGCAAUGCAUCUACUCGAAUCAUCCUCCAGACUACACCAGCUCUUUGCCGACGGGUGUCAUGCUUGUGCAUUGCGGGACAUCUCGUGCCACUCAAACGGCCAAGGAAACGGCAUUGCUUCAUCAUGCUAUAUUGCGCAAGCCGAGUGCCGCGAAGCACGAUCUGGUUGUGAGAGAUCACAAUCUGGAGAAGCAGCGUUACACGGCUCCACAGGUACCUGCAUGAGCCUCCACAAACUGGUCGCACGCGGCACACAGCCUUACAUGAAUCCAAAUGGCGCCUCUCAGAAGACCAUG